CGAUCGACGCGAUCUUCCGAAAAGGUCGAGUCAGAUGCACGCUUAGCACGGCUACAUCUUUCCCGUCAUCACUAUACACUGUAAUGAAACUAGCGUGAACAGAUCGCAGAGCGAAAGAUGUUCGCAGGACCGCCCGCCAAAACGCUUGUACGUCUCAGACCUAACGGAGGGGCAUGCUGCCUGGCAAAGCAGAUGAGGGAAGUCGGGACACCCUUGGCCGUCGGUGCGUUGGAUCUGACAAACUGCAUUCGUCUCGAAUCCUACCAGGUGACUAGGAACAUCGACAGAUGCAUGCUACUCCAAUCCCUGCGGUGCAUAGCCUGCCCCCUCAAGGUUAGAGACGUGUUGAAGCUGAUGAUGACCAGUCUACCGCAUCUCGUAGAACUCGAGUUGUCGCUGGUGUGCGAUUCGGACGCAACGGAGCGGACAGUGUGCGUACACUACAUGGCGUCAAAGUUUAUCCGCGCCAAACUAGUACAUGGCCUGCGCCGCCUGUACGUCGAAGUCGCUUACGACGGCAACUUCCUUCACCUCACGGCCCUUCUCAGUCUAUGCUUGUACGUGGAACACGUGCAUGUGCAUCUGGUGCGUGGUUCCUUCUGGGACGCCCUUCUCCGCUGCCGAGACCUAAUCGAGGGGCUCCGCAACUUGGAAACCUUCACGUUCACCUCCGAGCUGCCGUCUUGCAGACGACCCGACCUUACUGACCCACUGGACUUUGUGAGCUCGGCCGCCGUCUGCGCCAACGUCAGUUACCGGAAGUCGACUGGUACGUGGAGCUGCGUUCGACUCUGCGACCUUGCGGUCGAGUGCCGAGAACCUCGUAUCCUUCCCUUCCAGUUGGUCGUGGUUGUCAACUCCGACGAAAACCCCGCGGCCGAGUGGAUUGUGGCUAGCCUAGGAAACGUCUGGACCAAAGUGCGUCUUCUCUGCCUCCUGCUUUUCCCGGAAGGUCCCUCUACCUCCUCUUACCCGACGGCUGGAAUCUCGUACCGCGAAAGCCUUCGCCUGUUCUUCUGCACGGCGCUCAAGUACGUCAUCGAGCUUAACAUCAGCUCUUUUCACUUCGGCCCCGACCUCGACUUCGCAGAAUUGCUUCAAGACGGGUCAUUGGAGCACCUGUGUGCGCUCUCUGCGUCCCCCUGCGGCCUUCGUCGUCCCUCGGCUCUGCGACGUUUGGCGCAGGUCUGCCCCGACCUCGCUGACCUGGACGUACGGUUUGAGAGAAAGGGCAGCUUCGUCCAAUGUAUCGGCUGUGAGGGCGAGUUCCUGUUUGAAACCGAAGAUGCGGCAGAAGUGAGCGACGGCGCCACCAGAGCCUUGUUUCCCAAUGGACUAGGCCGGCUGACCUUGAGUGACGUGAACGACACGGCGUGCCUGUGGUUCAUCAAGAGCUGCAGCCCAACGGCUACGGUGCGCCUCUGCGACUGCCCGUCUUCCUCGAGCCCAGAGUACGCGCGUAUAGGUCGGGUGCUCGCGACCAGGAGCAUGCCGAGCUGCCUCAUUCUCCAGCACGAGCGUCUGGAGGAAAUUCUUCUAUUGGCCGACAUGUUCCACGCCCCAAGCCUUGAGUACUUGUACAUUCUGUCGGCGGUUUGCCUUUCGGAAGACAUCGUCUUGGCGUCCAUGCGUGCACUCCGCACCGGCCUGCCUCGCCUCAGGUAUCUACACGUCCACUACAGAAAGAGCCCCGACGACGGCGUCGACGAGCGGAUUACCUGGAUACGGGGGUCAUGCAGUGGGGGAUCCUGCUCAUCGGGAGGCGGCGAAGCCCUGGUUCGAAAUGGUCCCUGCAUCCAGUCCUGUUCGACUGCUACUUUCAUCGGUCUCGCUAAACCGCUGAACCGAAACGUUCAGCCGAUGUUGUAGCUUGGAUUUUAGACAUUGACGAAGCAUCCGAAACGCUCGUAAAAAAAAAAGGGUUGCUGAAUGGCAUGCAUUACAACGUGGCUUUU